UCCUGGAAUCCUUCAGUCAUCAUCAACUCUUCACGACCACAAUCUCUCUUCUUCUAACCCUUCAACCCCCACGGACUUCUCUCUUUUAUAUCUGCAUCCAAAAUUCAAAUUCAAGAUGUUGGAAACUUCAACACUUCCUCAGUGGCUAAUAGCCCUUUUGGGAGAGAAGUUCUUCAACGCCUGUAUAAUUCAUGAGGAUGCUAAGAAGAAUGAAAAGAACGUAUUUUGUUUGGAUUGUUGUGAAGGCAUCUGCCCGCAUUGCUUAAGCGUUCACGCCUCUCACCGCCUCUUACAGAUAAGAAGGUAUGUUUACCAUGAUGUGAUAAGACUGGAUGAUGCUGAGAAAUUGAUGGACUGUGGUCUUGUUCAAUCUUACAUCACAAACGGUGCAAAGGUGGUAUUCUUGAAUCAAAGGCCUCAAACAAGGCCCUCCAGAUUCUCUGGCAACACCUGCAUGAUCUGUGAUAAAGGCCUUCAAGAGCCUUACAUCUUCUGCUCUCUCUCUUGCAAGCUACAGUACAUACUAGGAACAGGGGGCAAGCUUUCGAAGUAUGUGUACGAAUGUGUGAAUAUAACUUUUCCUGAACCGGGUUUCGACGAUGGACAAAUGACCCCUGAAACGGUUCUUGAACCGGUCGCUUCAAUUAGGACGGAGUCUGGAUCGAGCGGUAGCGUUGGAAAUGGUGGAGGAGCUAGCUGCCGGACGCUUGCUUGUACUGCCACGACAGAAAUUGUGAGGAAGAAGAGGAGCACCAUUUCUGCUAGCUUUCGUCCGGUUUGUGGUCCGGUUUUGGAGAUAUCGAACCGGAGGAAGGGUACGCCCCAGCGGUCACCACUUUAUUGAUUUGUGUACGGAAUACUGACAAGGGGGGAGAGAGAGAGAGAGAGAGAGAGUUGAGGUGAAGGGGAUUGGGCGUAAUUUGGUAUUUUGUGUCCCUUUGGAGGGUAACUUAAAUAGAUUGAACAAUGGUCCUUCCCAUGUCCCAAUUUUGUAGAUAUCACCACCACCUCUCUCGUAUUAUAGAGGAUUGAGUUCAAUUGUCAUACUAGUUAUAGUUGUAGUAUCGAUAUUCAAAAGAAAAGAAAAAG